AUGGCAUCUUCAUCGACCCCGGCAUCGGCGCACGACAAGCUGAGCGAACUUGCGCAGCUCCAUACCGAGAUCGCAGCCGAGUCCAAGGCCACGGCGGACAAAAUCAAGCUCACUGCGGAGAAACAAGAAGCUGCAGCCCGUCUGCUGGGCAGUGUCGCGGGUGAAAACGUGCUCGACACGAGUGCAGCUCAAGAGCCCGCCUGGCUGGCUGCCUUUGAGGAACGGCUGGUGGACAGAAUUAAGAGUAUCGCGCUCGAAGAACAGGCCGGUCAGCCGGACCGCCUCACGGACGCGUUUCACGCGUACAGCCGUAUGUACAGGCGCUUGGACAAAGUCGUAGAGCACUCGUGGGUCAGCAGCAGGAUCCACAACCUCAAGUCGACGUCCGAGACCUCGUUCCUCCUCCCGCUGUACCGACGCCCUCCACUGCCGAGAGGUCUGACCCUCACGACACCAGUGCCGCCACUGCUCCCUCCUCCGGACAAGUUCCCGCAGUUCUUCGAGGACGCCCUGGGGCUUUGCGAAUCGGAUGUCGACUAUCUCAUCGCCGCGUACGAUCUCGACGUAGACGGCACGUUUGACCAGCGCAAGGAGCGUCUCCUCAAGUUUAUCGGAGUCCGUACCCGACGGAUCUCAUUCGCCAACCCGGUUGUUGUACAGCACAUGGGGUAG